AUGGAAAAGAAAAUAAUAUUACUGAUUUUAUUUUUAUUCUCAAUUUUUAAAUCAGGACAUUCAGUUGGUCGUCCAAUGUCAGUAGAUGUAAUAUUUGAUGAAAAAUCAUUUUCAAUAACUUUUGAAAGUUUUCGAUCAUACCCAACCCGUUUAAUUUUGUAUCAAAACGAAACAACACCAAGAUAUGAAAUGGCACCAAAUUAUUUUAAUUGUAGUCUAGUUAUUGGUAAUAGGAGACAUUGUUCAUUCCAUUCAGAUGAGCCAUUUUCAAGAUUAUGGGGUAGUAUAGAAAGUAAGGUAUGUGCAAGAGAAGUAUCAAGUCCAGUUGAAGAGUGUUCAUUUGAUCUUUCAUCUUUAGAUUAUCCAUUUGUAACUAAUUUGAAAUAUAGUAAUAAACCAAAAACAUCUGGAGGUGAUAUAGUAAUUACUGGUAAUUAUUUAAGAUCUAGGGGUGGUCCAAAUCACAUUCUAACUACAUUUGAUUAUAUGACAUCUUUUGUUGUUAAAGGUAAUUUCUCUGAUCCAUCUUUUGACUGUAAUAAUAUUACUGUAGUAGUUCCACCAGGCUCUGGAUAUUUUGAAUUUGCCUUUGAUGAAACUGGGGAUAAUCUUUUUCCAUUUUCAUACGAAUCACCUAAAAUAUCAAGUACUUUUUUUGACGGAGGGUACCUAAUAUUAUCAAUUAAUGGUGAUAACUUCUUUACAGAUAAAAGCUUGGUAGAGGUUUAUUUUGAUGAUAUUAAGCAAACAAAUUUUAUUAUUUCAGUAAAUCAUACACAAAUUCAAGUGAAUAACGUUAAUAGACCUGAUCUAGGCCCAAUUUCAAUUAGUGUUAAGGUAAAUGAAAUCCCGGCUGAAAAGAAUUAUACUCAUUGUUUCCCACCAUUAAUUAUAUCAGUAUCAUCAGUAUCAAAUUAUUCCGAUGGUAUUGUAACAAUUCAAGGAGACAAAUUAUUUUCUACUUUAAAUUCAUCAUUUACUCCAUCAAUUACAAUUGGUAAUAAACAAUGUACAUAUAUUAAAUCAAAUACAAAUGAAUUAAAAUGUAAAUUAGAUCCAAAUCAAAAUGGUGGUAAAAAUUUACCAGUUAACGUUAAUUUCGGUGGUUGUAAUUCAAUAAAUCCUCAUAGUGUAACAUUAACAUAUAAUACUCCAACGUUAUCAAGUGGAUCAUAUUCAAAUGGUUUUGUUACAUUAAUUGGUACACAUUUUGGUAAAAAUGAAGAAUCAUUCGUUCAAUUAUAUGGUAAUGGAAUUAAUGAUAAUAUUAAAAUUGACCAAUUAAAUGUAUCGUCUGAUGAAAAGAAUUUGACAUUUAAAUUACCUCUUUUAAGAUGUAGUACAUUUAAUAUUAAUUUCACUCGAGUGAAAUUGGUUGGUUCUAAUAUGACCUCAAAUACAAUUUCAAUCUCAGCAUCAUCACUAUUAAUAAAUGUAAUCAAUAGACCAAAUCUUUCAAACGGUUCAUUAAAUAUUGAAAUAUAUUAUAUGGAUUGUCCAAUUAGUUCAUCAUCACAACCAAGUAUUACAGUUGGUAAUUCAUCAUCAUCUACUCAAUGUUCAACACCAUCAUUACAAUAUUCAAAUUCUAGUUUCUAUGUAACAACAUGCUCAACACCAUAUGGCACUGGUAUCAAUAAACAAUUCAUUUUUCAAUUAAAUUCAGAUACAAUUAGUGAUGAAUAUUCGUAUGCUCCACCAAAUAUUGAGAAUCGUAAAUUUUCUAAAGGUCAAUAUAAUAUUACAUUUUAUGGAAAUAAUUUCGGUAACUCAAUAUCAUAUAUUAAAGUUUAUUUCAAUGGUAAUGAUAUUUCAUCAGAAAUUCUAACAUUAACAAAUAAUCAAUUAACUAUUAAAACAUUGAACUCCUAUGAAAAUGGUCCAAUUAAUAUUACAGUGGAUGGAAUUAAAAUGGAAUCAUUAUUUAAUUUAAAAUUUCCACCUGUUAUUUAUGGUAUAAUUAAUAAGGAUAAUAAAACAAUUGCUUGUGGAGGUUUUAUCACAGUUUCUGGUAAGAAUUUAUUGUCAAAUGGAGAUGAAUUCAAAGUUAAAGUAUUAGCAAAUUAUAAAAACACUACAAUAAUUGUUCAAAAUGAAAAGAUUUUAAUAGUUAGAGCUGAUUGUAAAGAGAGUCAACUCUCUGUUUCAACAUAUAUUGGAGAAGAUUUGGGACCAAAUGCAAUAUUAACAUAUUUAAAACCAAUGAUUACAGUUAUUCCAACCAUUAAAAAUAAUAAAGAUGGUAUUUCAAUAUCAGUUGGUGGUGUUAGUUUAUCAGGUAUUAUUUAUGCAAGUUUGGUAGUUUCAUCAACAAAUGUAUCUCUUUCAUGUAAUUUGCAAUGCAGUUUAUCACCAAAUGAGACAUUGUAUGAUAGUAACCCAAAACUAAGUUCAAAUGAAACUGAUAUUACAAAUAGUACCGAUUGUUUGUCAUGCCAUUCAAAUUCAUUUGUUAAUGAAACAUCAGGAGUAUUAUAUCUCCAAUUUAGCUCAACAUCAUUCCAUUAUGAUGUUAAAAUUGAAGAAAUUCAAUUACCAUUAUCUCCUCCAUCAUCAAACGGUAGAUCAUCCAAACUAUCAGGUGGGCAAUUGCAGGUAUUUCAAUUGUUUGUGUUGGUGAUACUGUUGGUGCUCUCAUCCUUCACCAUCAACCAGUAA